UUCCAGAGAGAGAUGGGCCUGGCUGCUAGAAGCUGAGAAGGCAAAGACUGGACAAGACGGAGAUGCCCCCAGUGUCCAAGGGAGGGAACUGAUCAGCUGAGGCAUGGCUCUUGGGUGCCACCAGGCAACGCGCCUCAUGCUCCAGAGCCUCACAUGAUGUACUGAGAAAGAAAAUGUCCAACCAAACCGCUGUAACCGAGUUCCUUCUCCUGGGAUUCUCUGACAUUCAGGAACUUCAGAUUUUACACUUUGUGGUGUUUCUACUGCUUUACCUGAUAUCCCUGCUGGGGAACCUUCUCAUUAUCGCAGCCAUAGCCCUCGACCGCAACCUUCACACCCCCAUGUAUUUCUUCCUCAUGAAUCUGUCCAUCCUAGACCUAGGCUCCGUCUCUGUCACCAUCCCCAAAUCCAUGGCCAAUUCCCUCAUGAACACCAGAUGGAUUUCCUAUUCUGGAUGUGUUGCCCAAGUCUUUCUCUUUGCCUUCUUUGCUUCAGCAGAUUAUGCCAUACUGACCGUCAUGGCGUAUGAUCGAUACGUCGCCAUCUGCCAACCACUGCACUAUGAGACUGUGAUGAACAGGAGAGCUUGUGUCCAAAUGGCAGCCAGUGCCUGGAUCAGUGUUAUUCUCUACUCUGCAGUGCACACUGGAAACACAUUUGCAAUAUCCUUUUGUGGCGGCAACAUGGUGGAUCAGUUCUUCUGUGAAAUCCCCCAGCUCCUUAAACUCGCCUGCUCUGGUUCAGACCUCAGUGAACUUGGGUUUCUCAUUUUUAGUUUAUUCUUAUGGUUAAGCUGCUUUGUUUUCAUAAUUUUGUCAUAUGUUCAGAUCUUCACCACAGUGGUGAGAAUCCCCUCUGAGCAGGGCCGACAUAAAGCCUUCUCCACCUGCCUUCCUCACCUCAUUGUGGUCUCCUUGUUCCUUUGUACUGCCAUUUUUGCAUACCUGAAACCCAUCUCCAGCUCUCCAUCAGUUCAGAAUCUCUUGGUGGCUGUUCUCUAUUCUGUGUUGCCACCAAUGAUGAAUCCGAUCAUCUAUAGCAUGAGGAACAAGGAGCUCAAAGGUGCACUGAAUAAACUGAUAGGUUGGAGGUUAUUUAUUAGGAAUUAA